AUGGCCUUGGAUAGUAGGCUGUGGAAGAAUAUUGUCAUAUGCCUCAAGGCUGCUGCUCCUUUCAUUACAGUCCUUCGCUUGAUAGAUUCAGAUGAAAAACCAGCCAUUUAUGAACCUAUAUGGAAAAUUAUUGAUGCGAGGUGGGAAAGCCAACUGCAUAGGUCAUUGCAUGCUGCUACAUAUUAUCUUAAUCCUCAUUAUCGCUAUGAACCUAAUUUCAUGGUUGAUGAUGUUGACAUUAAGAUUGGUCUAUAUACUUGUUUGAAAAAUUUGGUUCCAAACCAGGAAGAAAAGAAAAAGAUUGGUCUACAACUUUCUGACUUUCAUUAUGCUAGAGACCUCUUUGGCAAUGAAACUGCAAAGAGUAGUAGAAAGAUCAUGCUACCUGCUGAGUGGUGGGACUUUAUGGAGAUAGUUCAUACAAAGAGAAGACAUCGGUUGCAUAAAAAAAUGAAUGACUUAGUUUAUGUGAUGUAUAAUUUGAAAUUAAAGGGCAAGCAAAUUAGAAAAAUUUUGAAACUUGAAUUUGGAACAGUGCAUUCUGAUGAUGAGUGGAUAACUAAAGAUGUUAAUGAGAAUAUUGCUGAAAGUAUUAAGCAUUCUCACCUGCCAACGAAUGACAAUACUAAUGAUGAUCUAAAUAGUAAUGAAUUUAUUAUUCCAAGUAUGAAUAGUAAUGAAUUCAACAUGGGUGAGGGAGGUGAGAAUGAGUUCAUUGGGGAUCCACAACAAAAUUUAAUAGAGGAAGAACAUAAACAUGUGAAUGAUGAUGAUUCUGUUAGCCGUGUUGAACCUGAAAUUGAAAGAAAUAAUGUUUCUAAUAAAGAUGGUGAAGAUGAUAAUGUUGAUGCCAUGAAAGAUGAAGAUAUUGAAGGAUUUCAAAUUCUGAUUUUCGUUUUGCGGGAUGAUGUGAAGUACGAUUCGUUCGUUAUAAGCAGCGACGAAGAUUUGCAAGUUUUGUUCCAUUGUCGUUGGCAAUUCUCGGAGGUGAGGACUCCUGAUGAUCUUUCUAAAAAGUCUCAUAUUUAA